AUGCCACAAGGCUCCAUUGUGUCAAAUGCACUGCCACCACAGAACGAUGCCGAGCCGGAUUACCCUCCACUCUUGCAGCAAGUACAAAACAACAUGCUAAAAUUCAAACACUGCGUAGUACUCACACGGGUUGGUGGCUUCUACGAGCUAUACUUCGAACAUGCAGAUGAGUAUGCUCCACUUCUUAACAUAAAGAAGACCAGUAGGAAGACAAGCAAGGCGAGCAAGAAGCCCAGAGUAUCAAUGGCCGGGUUCCCUGCGUAUCAACUAGACCGUUACCUCAAGAUCUUAGUCCAGGACCUCAACAAACACGUCGCCAUCAGUGACGAAUUCCCUAACGAUGCGCCGGAGAGAGCCAAGGGUGACGCUCAAUAUACUCGGAAAGUUUCCCGUGUCAUCACGCCAGGUACGCUCAUCGACGAACACUUCAUGGAUCCUUGGGAGAACAACUACCUACUCAGCAUUCACGUCGACCCAGAGGCACUCAAGAAAGAGAAUGCGUUGAAGGAGAGCCCAGGCAGCUCGAGUGUAUCUUCAGUCCUCAACCUACCUCGUACCGAAAUUGGGCUGGCUUGGAUGGACUUGUCAAGUGGAGACUUUCUCACUCAGUCCACGGAUAUUGCAUCCCUACCCUCGGCAGUGGCUCGUAUUAGGCCAAGGGAGAUAGUUCUCGAUAGCGUUUUCCAGGAAGAAAAACACUCGCGUUUGGUCUCGAUUUUGCAAGAAGAUGGACAUGUCAUCACUUUCCAGGAACCGUCUCACAAUCCACUCAUCCUGGAGGAGUGGACAUCGAUGCUGGAGGAUGCGGUCGAUGACUUUGACACGGCCAACUUCUCGCCAAGCGAAGUGGCUGCUGGUGGCUCCCUAUUGCACUACGUCAAGCAUCAGUUGCUUGGUUCCCGGACCCGACUGCAAGCUCCUGUGAGGCACCAGGCUGACAACCACAUGAGUAUCGAUAAGAACAGUCUAAGGGCGCUCGAGAUUAGGACUACUAUUCGCGACGGUAUUUACGAAGGUAGUUUGCUACACUCCUUGAAGAAGACGGUUACCAACAGCGGAACCCGCUUGCUCACUCAACGUUUAUCUGCCCCUUCCAUGUCGUUGUCGACAAUAAAUGAUAGACUAGAUCUAGUCGAGGAGAUGAUUGAGUAUCCGCAACUCCGGCAAGACAUAAUUUCACUUCUCGAGCAAACCUUCGAUGCGCUUCGCCUGGUGACAAAAUUCACCUAUGGUCGCGGAGAUGCGGAUGACCUCAUGGAACUCUCCAAAACGAUUGUCACUACCUCUGGAAUCGUCAACAACCUUCGUGAGCAUACAACAUUGAGGAACGCCAUUCCUUCCGAUCCCGCAAACGAUGCGUCAGAGAGUCGAAGAAAGCAGUGUUUGCCCGCGCUAGAGCAUCGUUUCGAUCUGGAGCUCCCAAUAGAGCUGGCAAAACGCAUCCAGGAUGCCAUUGACGAAGAAGGACUCUCCGAGUACCAUCGCAUCGAAGAGGAAGAGGCGGAGGAAAUGUCCGACUUGGCCCAAGACGUACUAGGACGCGAAGCUGGAGAAGAAGAUCUCAAAGACUUGCCGAAGCGAGUUCAACCGAAACCCCAUAUGAUUGCUCCAAGUGUCAAGAGAGCAACGGACGGGCGAGCGGAUGUGUACAUCAUGAAACGAAAGGCUAGCGCGCUUUUAGUGAAGUUGCACAAGUCGUUGGACUCCAUGGAAUCGAAGAAAGCGAAACUGGAAACGCAGCUGCGCCAACAAACAAACGCUGAAGCACUAACGCUCAAGUGGACACCCAAUCUCGCGCACAUUGCCUUUGUAAAGGGGAAAGACGUUUCCCGUGUGACGGCUCUCUAUCCGAAGAGUUUGAGUAGUAGCAGAUCUACCCGCUCUUUCCAAGUUCCUGAAUGGACGCAGCUAGGGGCGCAAAUGGACGAGACCCGAUUUCGUAUCCGCAAUGAAGAGCAACGUGUGUUGGGUGAACUACGUGAAGGCGUCGUUCGGAAUCUGGUGAAACUGCGCCGGAAUGCUGCCAUACUAGAUGAGUUGGAUGUUGCAUGCGCCUUUGCUAACCUUGCCAUCGAAAAGAACUUCAUACGACCUAUCCUCAGCUCCGAAUCUUCACACAAGAUUGUUGGCGGUCGCCAUCCAGUUGUGGAGGCCGGUCUCAACGACCAAGGACGACAGUUUGCACCAAACGACUGUCUUCUUGGCGACGAGGAACGCAUAUGGCUGAUCACCGGCCCAAACAUGGCGGGCAAAAGUACCUAUCUCCGACAGAACGCACUCAUCUCGAUCCUCGCGCAAACUGGUUCUUUUGUCCCAGCUGAAUAUGCAGAAAUCGGGCUGGUAGACAAAGUCUUCAGUCGAGUGGGUUCGGCAGAUAAUCUCUACCAAGACCAAUCUACGUUCAUGGUGGAGAUGCUCGAGACAGCGCAAAUCCUCAAGGAAGCCACGCCUCGUUCUUUCGUCAUCAUGGAUGAAGUGGGCAGAGGAACAACACCCGAAGAUGGCAUCGCAGUGGGCUAUGCCUGUCUACAUCAUCUGUAUCACGUCAAUCAGUGUCGAACAUUGUUUGCGACUCACUUCCACACACUGACCGACAUGACGCAGGACUUCGAGAAGCUGGGAUGCUAUUGUAAUGAUGUGCGUGAGGACCCAGACGGCAAGUUUUCGUAUGUACAUCGAUUAAGGAAGGGAGUAAAUCGGGAGAGCCAUGCCCUGAAGGUUGCGAGAGUUGCGGGUCUUCCCGAAGACGCCAUCGCAGUUGCAGUUCAGGUCCUUAAGCAGCUCAAACCUUCCUCUUCUAGCCAUCAACCACAAGCUGCUGCUAAAGGACGGGUGGAAGCUGCGAAAGUGCGAGUACGACGAAGCACUUCUACUGCUUAA